ACAAGUCAAGCCCAGGGGUGUUUGCAGGCAGCAUCGGCUACAUAACCACGUCAGGAGAGUAGUGCACUCAACAAAUCUACUAUCGCAAACGUGUUUAGCUGUGGAAUAUGUCUACCUCACGGACAGUCAUAUGUUUGCUGAGAAAUGACUUGCGUCUUCACGACAAUGAGGUGUUUCACUGGGCCCAGAGGAAUGCUGAACACAUCGUUCCCCUGUACUGUUUCGACCCUGGUCAUUACCUGGGGACAGCCAACUACAACCUGCCCCGUACCGGCCCCUUCCGCCUGCGCUUCCUACUGGACAGCAUCCAGGACCUCAGGACCAGUUUGAUACAGAGAGGCAGCACCCUGGUGGUGAGACGGGGCAGGCCAGAGGAGGUGGUCGGUGACCUCAUUAAGCAGCUAGGUUCUGUUAGCGCUGUGGCCUUCCAUGAAGAGGUGGUGCCAGAGGACCAGCAGGUGGAGAGAGGAGUGAGGGAUAUUUGUUCUCAGAUGAAGGUUAAAGUUCACACCUGCUGGGGGUCGACACUGUACCACCGAGACGACCUCCCUUUCAACCACCUAUCCAGGCUGCCUGACGUAUACACCCAGUUCAGGAAGGCAGUGGAGACCCAGGGCAGGGUGAGGCCUGUCUUGCCCACCGUAGACCAGCUGAAGCCGCUCCCCCUGUCAGGUCUGGAUGAAGGCCCCAUCCCCCCAGAAGACCUGGAGCAGACAGACACUGUUAGGGACCCUCGCUCGGCUCCCUGCAGCGGGGGAGAGACUCAGGCCCUGGCCAGACUACAGCACUACUUCUGGGACACGGAUGCUGUGGCUACCUACAAGGAGACUCGUAACGGCCUGAUAGGACUGGACUAUUCCACCAAAUUUUCCCCAUGGUUGGCUAUAGGCUGUAUCUCCCCCAGGUAUAUCUACCAACAGAUCAAGAAGUAUGAGAGUGAACGAACAGCCAAUCAGAGCACAUACUGGGUGGUAUUUGAGCUGCUCUGGAGAGACUAUUUCAAGUUUGUAGGAGCCAAAUACGGAGCCAGACUGUUUGACAUCAAAGGCCUUCAGGACAAAUCCAUCCCUUGGAAGAAGGACAUGAAUCUGUUCAAUGCAUGGAAAGAGGGUCGUACCGGGGUGCCAUUCGUUGAUGCCAACAUGCGAGAGCUGGCACUGACAGGGUUCAUGUCUAACAGGGGUCGCCAAAACGUAGCCAGCUUCCUCACCAAGGACCUGGGACUAGACUGGAGGAUGGGGGCUGAGUGGUUCCACUACCUAUUGGUGGACAAUGACGUGACACGCAGUAACUAUGGUAACUGGCUAUAGGCGGGGAUAGGAAAUGACCCGAGGGAGAACAGGAAGUUCAACAUGAUCAAACAAGGACUCGACUAACGACAACAACGUAUGUUUCAGUCUGACCAAUAAACACUGUAGAACUACCACAGCUUUACCUGAAGGUGAAGACAAUAAACACUGUAGAACUACCACAAGCUUUACCUGAAGGUGAAAGACAAUAACACUGUAGAAACUACCACAGCUUUACCUGAAGGUGAAAGACAAUAAACACUGUAGAACUACCACAGCUUACCUGAAGGUGAAAUGACCUGCAACGUUGGC